GGGCGGUUCAGCAUCAGAGCGUUGUGACGUUGGCUACAAGGGAAACAUGUUCGAAUUCGGAGGAAGUCAGCCAUUCUCAGCGUUUGUACCUAGGGUUUGUUGACAAACACUUUAUGAAAACCUUUCUAAAAACCGAACGGUGACAUCAUGUCCCAGAUACCUAUGGGUAAAGUGUUAUUCAGAAAUCUACUUCGCCACACGGGUGCUCAUAAUAAGAUUCUAGAAGAGUCUGAGAUGUGGAAGCAGAGGGACAUGGAGAAGCAUUCUUCGGAUGACCAGGUUAUGCUCCACGGACGAAAGCCUGCACACAUGUACAGGGGUCACAUGCACUGCGACCGCUUCCUGGAGGAGACCUCCGCCUCGGGGGACAGGGACAGGGAAGACGACCGGGAGGCCCGCUUCCUGACCCGGAAAAUUUACGAGAUUAAGGCCAGCGACCCCAACAGGUGGGGGCACAGCGGGUUUAAGGAGCUCUACCCAGAGGAGUUUGAGUCGGGCGGCGAGAAGGAGGGCAGCGACGGCGAGAACCUGCAGCUCAGGAAGAGGAGGAGGGCCAGCCUGGGGGGCGAGAGACACAAGCACUCCAAGAAGUCCUCCCGCAAGAAGAAGAAGAAAAAGGAGAAGAAGAAGAGGAAGGUGCAGGAGGAAGAGGAGGAGGAAGAGGAAGAGAGCAGGAGGAGCAGCAGCAGCGAGAGGAGCGACGGCGAGAGGCGCAGACGACGGAGGAAAGGCGGCAAGAGCAAACACCAGAGGAAGAAGAAGGAGAGGGAGAGGGAGAGGAGGGAGGAGAGCUGCUCGGGGGACAGCGCCUCAGAGGGGGGCGGGGGCAGGCGGGCGCGGAGGCCCGGGAAACGCCGCAGGAAGGCGGGGUCGGACGGCGAGGGCCGCGCCCCGGACGAGCCGCACAAGAAGAAGAGGAAAGACUGGAAAGCCGCGAACGAGGAGAACUCUGAGGAGAGCUCGGAGGACUGAGAGCCGCGCCCUCGCCCAACACCGUCUGAACGCUCGAGCGGUCGCACAGAAGCACAGCAAGCCGCAAAGCUGGCCAGAAGCCCGCAAUAACGCUGGGGCUCGGGGCCUGCAGGAAUACUGGGGCUCAGUGUCUGCAGGAAUACUGGGGCUCAGUGCCUGCAGGAAUGCUGGAGCUCAGUGCCUGCAGGAAUACUGGGGCUCAGUGUCUGCAGGAAUACUGGGGCUCAGUGUCUGCAGGAAUACUGGAGCUCAGUGUCUGCAGGAAUACUGGGGCUCAGUGUCUGCAGGAAUAGUGGGGCUCAGUGCCUGCUUGAAUACUGGGGCUCAGUGUCUGCAGGAAUACUGGAGCUCAUUGCCUGCAGAAAUACUGGAGCUCAGUGCCUGCAGGAAUACUGGAGCUCAGUGCCUGCAGGAAUACUGGAGCUCAGUGCCUGCAGGAAUACUGGAGCUCAUUGCCUGCAGGAAUACUGGGGCUCAGUGCCUGCAGGAAUACUGGAGCUCAGUGCCUGCAGGUAUACUGGGGCUCAGUGCUUGUUGGUGAUUCUGUGCCAGUGGACUCUUCAUGCUCACUGCUGUCUUCAGUGUCACUGCUGUGUGUCAGAAGGAAGGUUUCCCCUGUUAGAGGUGCCCAGGGGCUCAUUCCAAUCAUGUAAUUUUACCUCCUUGCUCUUCGCUCCUAGCUCCACCCAUCUGAGGAUGCAAGGAAAGGAAGCAAAGAAAGGACGUAAGGACAGAGGAAUCGAGGAAACAUGUAUUAGGCAAAGGGGAACGUCUUUGUCAGAGCAUCUUUUGUCAGUCAAGCGUCAGUUUGAAGCCAUGUCAAUUAGACAUGCCAAAUGGGGAGAGGUAAACGCACAGGUCGAUCAUUUAUGCGUUAAGAGUUCAUAAAAACAAAUACUUCUGCAAAGGAUGCACUGUUUCCUUAGUCAAGCAUCCUUUGGGAGCCUCCUAGCUCCUCACCCUCAGCUCCUUCAAGGAGCAUUUAGCGGGUUAGAAUGCCCUUUCAGAUCGAUUUAUGUCCGAUUUCUUGGGAAGGAGAGAAGGACAGAUAACAUUAUUGAUUGGAAUGAGCCCCAGGACCCACAUAUUCCCCCUUCUCCCCUGUAGAGGCAGACCGAAAGCUGUCUGACCCCUGAAUGGAACCACUGAGUCUCUGUUUUACCGCCUGCCAGCACCGCUAGCUGCAGAUGAGGUCACUCCGAGUCCUUUCCUCUGCAGGUCAGCAUGGUUCCCUGAGCUCUGUGAGCAGUCCUAGGCCGAUGGGGAGAAAAGCCAUAUUCCUCCCUCUGCCUGGGCUGCUUGCUGCUGUGAGUAGUGUUAUGUGUUCCUCCGUUGAUCACGGGUAUGUCUUCAGGUUCGGGGCAAGCGCAAUCAUACUGGGUGGCAGGUUAUCAAAAUUUCACCAGUGCGUCACUAAAACAUCAUCAUACCUCAAGCUAGGUGAUUGUUUUGUAUAUUGGAACGGCCAGCAUCGUUCCCAGCAUUUAUAUAAACUUGACUCUGAUUGAGGCAGUCGGCUCACAGAAAGCACAGAUUAUUUUGGAAUUUGGAUUUAGUUUUUUAUACCGUCCUUUCAUCUCCCUGUCUCAGAGCGUUGUACGGUGAACAGGGUAACUGCCAGAGGCCCUGCUGUCUCAGUCCUUCGCACGAACACCACGCCAAAUGGUCACGGUGUUAUUGUUUUAUAAUGAAAUGUUUCCUUGUGUUUUUGUUGUUGAAUCAACUGAAAGUUGUUAAACUUAUUUUAGCCUGUACCAGCGUAGCAGAAUUCGGUUUUUAGAUCAGUUUCGUGAGAGAGAGACGAUUGGCAAGCAGAUGCCUAUAAUAACCCCCCCCCCAGCCCUAUUUCAGCUCUGCAGUGCAAAGGGGUUGAAGGCGUUGAAUCUUUGAGUCCCCGCCCCUUCAGGCGACCCAGACUGCCACAUUUCUGCCAUUUCUGCAACUGAAACCAGCAGGUACGGUUAGAAUGCAAUGCAAGUUGAGCGGAUGUGGGUUUGCUUAUUUUUAAAGCUCUAUGCUCUAUAGUCGGAAAGGGUAUUGACACUCCUCGAUUGGUGGGUUGCACAACCUUGUUUACACGUCAUUUAUGGGGAAAGCAAACAGGAAAAAAAACAACAACAAAAACGGCAUCAGAUGGGUCAACUUCCUCAAAUGGCACCUCCAGAAUAGGAACGAGGGCCGCACACCAGGGCUUCCCUGCCCCGACGCCACGUAGCGAGCGAAGGACACGGACGCGCUCAGAGAGCUUCCUCCUUCCCGUACGCAAACACGGCGCGGGAGGUCCGCAGACAUCACCAGAAGAGGUCAGAUGUAAGGAUGCUCAAGGAUGAGCAGUAGAUGGAUUCUGGUGCUUGUCGGGCUGCGUCAGGACGGCGCGCACAGCUGCGGUUGGGGGACAGGCUGUAGCGCCGACCGUAGCAGCAGCCUGCGUUUGACUGACUCUCAGCGUGAACGCUCUGAAGAGCUGGACGCCAGUUACUCUGGACUCAGAAACAGCCAUUCACUCACAGUGUGUGAUCACAGGUGGACAAAUGUCUUUUGUUAGAUAUCUAUUUUUUAACUUUUAUAAAUUAUUAACAAUCGUGGUUUUAUUGAACAAUAAAUUUGCUGUCCUGACGCAGAUUCAGGUCAGCAUCUUGCACAUGGA